AUAGUACUAGAUUUCGACAUCGUCUAAAAUUGGUUACUUGUGGGACGUGCUGUGUCGCCUCUCAGGAGCUGUCCAUCUUUCCCCAGGACUGUGUUGCUAUCCCAAAUCUAGCGAAUCAAUAUGGAGGGCAAAUACUCGUCAGACCCCGAAUGGGCUUCAAUUCAACCCAUCCCUCUCAACGAUGGCUCCGAAUCCGGUGCCCAGCCUCUGGCUACCAUUGCUUAUCCCCAAGCAUACCUCGAAGCCACCUCAUAUUUGCGCGCAGUAAUGGCCGCCAACGAGAUGUCUGAAAGGGCGUUGAAGCUGACUCAAGACAUUAUCGCAAUGAACCCCGCUCAUUAUACCGUAUGGAUUUACCGAGCCAAGAUUCUUUUUGCUUUAGGGAAAGACCUUCAGGACGAACUGGAAUGGUUGAACGGUGUAUCGCUCAAGUAUCUGAAGAACUAUCAGAUUUGGCACCAUCGCCAAGUCUUGGUAUCACGCGAGGACUUCUUCCCUACGCCUCCACACAAGGAAGCAGACUUCUUGAUGGAAAUGUUUGCGCAAGACUCCAAGAACUACCACGUGUGGACCUACCGCCAUUGGUUGGUGCGGCAUUUCAAGCUGUGGGAUGCUCCACGUGAAAUUCAGGAUGUGGAGGCUUUGUUGACCUCGGACGUUCGAAACAAUUCCGCCUGGAAUCACCGCUUUAUGCUUCGUUUUGGGCCUCGUGACGGGGAGCCCGAUGCAGGGAUGCCAAAUAGUGACGGACCCCCCGCGGAGAAGGGCCGGCUGGCAGUGGUUGAUGAGGACGUAGUCGACGCGGAGUUGAAGUUCGCCCAGUCCAAAAUCGUCCGGGCGCCAGAGAAUCGCAGUCCAUGGUCUUACGCGAGAGGUGUGCUGCGCGCUGCAGGCCGACCCCUGGCGGAGUGGAAGGACUUUGCUGGAAAGUUUGUGACGGAAAAUCACGACGGCUUCGAGGUGAAGAGCAGCCAUGCCAUAGAAUGGCUCGCUGAUGUGUUUGCAGAGGAAACGGAGCCAACGUCAGGCCAGAAAGCGGUUCAAAUGCUCACAUUGCUAAAGGAGAAGUAUGAUCCCAUUCGGAGAAACUACUGGGAUUAUCGGAUUCGAUCUAUCACAGGACCAGAGGCGACGAUUUCUGCAUGAUUGUGAAUUCUGAUU